GAUUAAUAACUGUUCACAUCUAAACUGCAUCGCUCACUUCUGUUUUGUUAUCAUUGAUAACUAGUUUAGCUGUACUGACCAGUCUAAGAUCAAAUAAAUUAUUCAAUAAAAAAUGUAUACCAUAUAUGAAUAUUCUAAAUUUCAAUUAGGCGGCUCUAGCAAUCGUCCUAUACCUAGAAAAGGGCCUAGCCGCCCCGGGAUAAUUUCAACGGAAAUUCGGAGAACACGCGCACGACAAUCGUGCAUUAAAACUCUACCCAUCAUAAAUUACGGGGAAAUCGCGGCACUCGAAAUAUCCACCCAGUGAAAUCUCUGCCCCUUCCAUUAUGUUGUUGGAUUUACCCAACCCCGUUUAGACUCAAUACGGUCACUUUCUACCUGCGUAUUCGCUAUUUUGUCUCCAUAAAAUUUAACAUGGGACGAACUCCCGAAAGUUAGUGAUUUCGCAUUACUGUACUUGUCUCGACUCUCAUCCGGCAAGCCGCGCGAUAACUCUUAUAAGCGGCAAAUAUAGCAUGCGCAUUUUUAACAAAUUUCGUGAAUAAAUUUUAUAAGACUGGCUUGCAGCAAUUUUUAUCUCGUGUGAGAUUUUGGCACAUGUUGAACUCGAGGAUGCCUUCAGUCGUCCCUGUUAGAAUAUAUAUUGCAGCAAAGACUAUCCAAAAUUCUAGAAACAAAUUAGAUUCUAAUAUCUAUAACCAAACUUGGCGUCUCUCUGCCGCUAUGAGUUUCUCAGUGUGGCAUGCGUGCCUAUAGUUCCCGAGUUACUUAUAUUAUAGCCAAGAGAGGGCGCUAUUGGGUCCACAUCUCUAGGAAUUAUAGGAAGGGAUUGACCGGGGCCCUACACGGAGAAAAAAAAACGUUGAGGCUACUCAAAACUUCAGUAGAAUCUACUUGACGACUUAGGUAAAGAAAAUCCUGCGCGGUAGACACUCAUCGAAUGAGCAGAAGGGCCCAAACUCGUCUAGCCCCGCCUACCGCCACUGCUGCGCUUCCCCCACUUCUCUCGCUCGGAAAUUUUGUGCUGUGCGAGUCUAUUCUCGCACAUAUUUUACUCAAGUAGAUCCUACUGAAGUCGCUUCGGUAGAUUCAACUUUUUUUUUCUCCGUGUAGUGGUAGGGAAGAUCGACACUGAAAGCCGGCCGGCAUCGUCAGUUGCUAUAGUUUCUAGCUAGGACUCGGUGCGCUCAGUUCGCCUGGGACGCUCAAGCAAGAACAUUCGACUAGUAAAGUUAAAGAAUAUAUUUGUAAAUGUACGCUACAAGUUUGAACAAGUGUUUCGUUGAAAAAACUGUAACUCAGUGUACUGAUUAACAACGUCGGUGUUAUACAGUAUUUCGGUCCACUACCGAAUUUGUCAGUGUUGCUAAACCAGUCGUUUCGUCACAGUUAAAAUGUGCGACUGCAAGUGUAAUUUCAAUACCCUGCUACAUUCCGCAGUCAUAAACUACGACGGCGAUAUAAGUUACAUCAAGUUGCUGCUGAAACAUAAUAAGAACGACAUCAAUGUGGGCAACCUCGCAGGUGAAACUCCUCUUCACCUGGCCGUUCGUCGAGAUACCUUUAUCUCUAAGCCACUCGCCAAGUUGCUCCUGCAGCACGGGGCCAACGCGAACGUCGCCAACAUCAACGGCGACACGGCCCUUCACAUAUUGGCCCUCGCUUCUAGCGAUCAAUUUUCUAAGGAGGUAAUAAAAAUUCUGCUGCAACACGGGGCGGAUAUCAACGCCGUCAACCUGAAAGGCAAUACCCCCCUUCACACGGUUUCCCAGAAUAAAGAGAUUUUUUACCACUAUAGAGUGAGCGCGUUUCUUCUGAGAUACGGAGCCAACGUAAACGUUGCAAACGUUGACGGCGAUACGCCCCUUCAUCUGGCUACCAGAAGCGUUGAACGCUACUUGUCUGCCAAACUAAUCGAGUUGCUGAUCGAGCACGGAGCCGACGUCGGCAUGAUCAACGCCAAAGGCUACACUCCUUAUGACUUAUUGUUUGGGGAAAAUGAACUUGCGGGCACUUUCGAGUACAUCAGCGUGUUUGUGAAAAAAUCGAGGAGAGUGAACGUGUGCAACGCCAAGGGUGAAACUCCUCUGCAUCUGUCUGUGCGGAAAAGAAGCUAUUGCAACGUCACCCUGAUCAAGCUGCUUUUGGAUUACGAAGCCGACGUUAGCAAAGAAGACGCAGCGGGUGAGAACGUCUAUCAGGCAUAUUGCAAAGCUGUGAAAGAAGGUAAUAAUCGCAAAAGGGACCCCAUGCUCGAGAUACUGCUUCGAUCCGAAGAACAGAAGCACAUGAACUCGUCGCUCCACGUAGCCAGCCUAUUUCACAGCGUCGAUUCGGUUCGCAAGAUGCUGAACGCCGGUGACGACGUCAACGCCAUAGACGCCAAUGGAUAUUCGCCACUACUCUAUAGUCUCGUCACACACGGAGACAACGCCGAAAAAAUCACCGCCAAGUGCUCGACCAUCAGACUCUUGCUCGAUUACGGAGCCGACAUCAACCAUCGCUUCGCUUUGUUUCACGUUCCUAUGUUCCCCUAUUACAGUAGGCCAGAGGGUUCCAUCAUGGGCAUAAUACACUUCGGAAUCCAAGGAAUGCACGCCAAAGACACGCUAUCGUCUAGGGAACCUCUUUUUCAGCACUUGGCAAAGCUCCUGACACUGCGCGACAAACUGGCCGAGCAAGGCUUGGACGUGGAGGUGCUGAGCCAGAAGAACAGCUAUUUCUUCGAUUUUCUCGAGGGCAUGAGCAGAUUGGUGAAGAAAUACAGCGACUGGCGCACUCGCUGCACCGAGGAGUUAAACGUGAUGAGCCAGACCAAGAUAGGCGAGAGCAAGGUGACCUUUUUGAAUUUUCUGCUCGCCAAAGAGAAAAUGACGGCGCUCUGCGUGAAGAACAAGGUGAUGAUCCAGGCGUUCCACGUCCAGAAGAGUAUGUUUCUAAUGUACCAGGGGAUGUUGGAGGCGAAGCUUUCGAAGGCAAUCGAGCGCCAAAAGCUGAUAGACAGAGCGGCUGUGGCAUUUAGCGAUGGCAUUAGAUUCGCUGAUCCGACUGAUGCAUUCUUCGAGAAAACCCUGUCGUAUUGCAGCAACAAAGAUUUGAUGAAUCUGAUCGAAGGAAUGGGAGGACCAGAUGAUGAGAGUUAAAGUGAUUUAACCACGGACGAUCGAUGAAAAAUCGCGUUUGACUUGUACUACGAUCUCCAGACUACGAUGUAAAAAAACGCACAUCGCGCUUUUGACAAACAAUAUACUUUUGCGUUAUAUUGUUUGUUUGUUUUUAUGUAAAGUUUCUAUAUUUCUGUAAUAUUUAAACGAGUACGCGGUUGCCUUGUUAAAAAUAGUUGUAACCUUAUUUUAUAAGCAUCGAAAAUAUGUAAAAUGCUUCGAUCGAAUACAUUGAAAAUAUGUAAAAUGCUUGAACAAAAAUAUGUACUUUUUUCUAUUUUAUAAUAAUAAAAACUAUAAUUAUACAAACUAAUGCCAAAACGUUUUUUUUUUCAAUGCCAUGCCUUGCGGCACUAGGCGAUCAGUAUAAGCAAAAUUAAAAAAUCAAUACACCUAUUCUUGAUCCCUCGUAGGAAAUUGAGGCUAAUAUGGCCACGAUAUGCCAAAUUUUAUGCCCAGUAGCCAGAUUAUCUGGCAUAUCGUGGCCAUAUGUCCCUGUUAACAGGCGACGGUAAGUGAGCCAUAUAAUA